CGCGUUGCGCGCCGAAAGCGAAACAAAAACAAACUGUUCAAUCGAUCAAUAGCCUGAAAAGAAAGGAAAAUCUAGAUUCAGGUCUUAUCUCUUUCGCCCAGAGUGCUGGAAACUGCACCUGUAGUAGUGUUAUCUGUGUUAUUGAUUCUGCGUCCCAAACUCAUGAUAACUGAGCACGUCCGGCAUUUCAAUGCAGGGCAGUUUCAAGAUACAACUUAUAAAUAUGGGGACGCGGGCUGCGGCUUUUACAGCGAAGAUCCGCAGCCUGUACGACUGCCAACUGCGGCUGAUGCACAACAUACAGCCGCUGCCAUCAGGAACGGACAUCGCUAACACCGUCAAGUACUUCUCACAGACGCUUCUUAGUGUGCUAAAAGAUGUGCCCCGGUCUCCCCUGGAGAUGAUCCGAGAUGCGGACAACGACGCCGACCGUAUGUUCCUUUACCCCAACCUGGACUACAAGGGAUUGUUCAACGCCAUCUCGCAGUUGGUGGACUCUGCCCCUCAUUUACAGUACGGGAUGCAAGCAUUCGGCCAAGCAGUCCUCCAAUGCCUGGGCUGCCUGCUGCCCUUCCUAGAAUACGACAUGAUCGACAAUCUCCCCUACCUGGUGGCGUACUGCGUUGCUGUUCUCCCAGUGUCGCUGCAUCAGGAGAUCCUGCAUUUGCUGUGCUAUUACAUACUGCCGUUUACUAUCACACGCAAGUACUCAGGACAAGAAGAGGAAAGUCAGGCAUCACAAUCUGUUGCAGCCAUCAUAAUGAUGGUGUUCCAACAUUCUAACAAUCCAGCACAUCACUGCCAGCUACUAGAAUGCCUGAUGUCGCGAAAGAGCACCGUGGUAAAGGACGUGCUCUGCGUGAUAGCGUACGGCACGUGGGGCGCUCGCGUCUCGGCCGCCAAGCUUCUGUUCUACUACUGGCCGCCGUUCGACGCCAAGCUCUUCGACAGGAAGGGGCUGCUCUGCAAGUUUUCUAAUGAUCUGGUCCCAUUCGCGUGUCAGCGCGACAUGUGCCCAAGCAACGGCACCGCGGAGGCGGCUAAAGUUUGCCUGGACCACUGCAUCAGCGUCACCUUUGCCAGCGACAGCCCCCCGCCACUGUAUCUCUGCAUCGAGUGCGCCAAUGAGAUACACAGGGAGCAUCCCAAUCAAAAUUUCUUGGAUAUUUUACAUCCCCAGCAACAAGUCUCCAUGGUUUGUGAAAACAAGAACUGCCGCUCUACUGAUAAAUCGGCCUACUCCAUUUGUUUUUCUAACGAAUGUGCCAAUUACAAUGGAAUGCACCCAAUAAGGUACUGCCAGCAAUGCCACGGCAACCGCCACAACAGUCGUCGCGGAGGAGACCAUGUCGUUCACACUCGACUUCCACCCGCUUGGCACAUGGACUCUGACAUGCAGACCAACCUUGUGGAGGCCAUCAUCAGCCUACUCAAAGAAGCAAAGCCGAUAAACAUGGAGGAUCCAGACAGCUCAUCGGAUCAGCUGAAGCCGCCGCUUAGCGUCGACUUACCCGACCCUAUAUCGAUCGAGGAUCGCCAGUUACUCGGCAGGUAUGGCGUGUGGUUGAUGGUGGGGUUGUGCACGCCCAACCCCGACACGCCGGACGAGAUCCUGGGCCGCCUGCUCUCCGUGCUCUUCCACUGGUUCCACGUCACCUCCUUCUCUUAUACAGGGGAGCUAGCGAACUUGGUAGAAAAACUAAAGAACGAGCACGUCUGCCCCUGGCUGCGAGACAUCGCGGCUUCCCACCGCGCAGUACUCGUGGCGUGUCUACUGCCGCACCCGCCGCACUACAUGCGGCAGGCCGGACACUGGGACAACUUGGCCACCAAGACACACCACCUGAAAGAUGGACUUAACAGGCUCUACUGCUUGAUUCCGUAUGGCAUCAUCACGCAGUCUAUAUGGGAUUACAUCAUGCCCGCGUGGAUGGAAGCCAUUUGCUCCGACGUGCCUGAAAAGGAGCUGAUCGAGUUAAAAGUUCCCGUUGCCAAGAUCCUUGAGCCAGAUGGCGCUAUGCUCGGCUUGGACGAGCGCAACCUGUACAACUUCGCUGUGCUGCGCGUGAGUGACACGCCCGCGCCCGAGACCGUCCUUCCCGUGUUGGAGUGGUUUCAGGUACAAAAGUUCCCGUUGCCAAGAUCCUUGAGCCAGAUGGCGCUAUGCUCGGCUUGGACGAGCGCAACCUGUACAACUUCGCUGUGCUGCGCGUCAGUGACACGCCCGCGCCCGAGACCGUCCUUCCCGUGUUGGAGUGAUGGCGCUAUGCUCGGCUUGGACGAGCGCAACCUGUACAACUUCGCUGUGCUGCGCGUCAGUGACACGCCCGCGCCCGAGACCGUCCUUCCCGUGUUGGAGUGGUUUCAGGUACAAAAGUUCCCGUUGCCAAGAUCCUUGAGCCAGAUGGCGCUAUGCUCGGCUUGGACGAGCGCAACCUGUACAAAAGUUCCCGUUGCCAAGAUCCUUGAGCCAGAUGGCGCUAUGCUCGGCUUGGACGAGCGCAACCUGUACAACUUCGCUGUGCUGCGCGUCAGUGACACGCCCGCGCCCGAGACCGUCCUUCCCGUGUUGGAGUGGUUUCAGACCAUCUCGCUGCUGGAGGUGAAGAUCCCAUUGUCGCAGCUAUUCGACUUGUUCAGUCACUGCGUCAUCAAUCUCCCUGAAAAGAUCUUCAAGCCUCCGAUGGCCGGUAGCAAGAGUAAGGAGGACCCAGAGUGUCCGGAGAUGAACGAGAAGGACACGAAAGAGAAGGAAGACUCGCUGCGGCCGCAGAAUCUCACUUGCUGCAUACUCAUGCUGGACAUUUUGCUGAAACAGAUGGAGCUCCAGCAACGUCGUAUCAACAUACAAAAUGUGAGCAGCGAAGCUACAAAGUUGCUGCGUUUGAUGUUGAAGUCCAGUCAGAGCAAUACCAUAGAACAUGCUCGUUGCCUGUCCGAGGGAGCGUGUUCGUAUUGCGAGGCGGCAGCGUUGUGGCACCAGCUUGCCGUCCAGCUGGUUCGGGCUCUGGUCCCGGACAAGCCCAAGCCGCAGCCCACGCCCCCCAGAGAGGAGCCGUGGCUGGACAAGAGGGAGGACGAGCGCAGCAAGUCCGGCACGCCCGCCGCGCCCGACGCGCUGCUGUCCGCCGCGCACACGCUCGACAAGAGCUCCGUCGGAGGCGUGCUGGUGCACAUGCCGCAUUUUGUUCAUUUCAUGCAACUGUCACUCAUAAGCGACGUCGAUUCGGAAGCGACCCUGACUAAGUCGUCAGCCGACACGCAAAUAAUGACAGCGACCGUGGAGACGAUCACCGAGCAACUGGAUAUGGCGACGAGUCUUCCGGCGACAGACGCUCCGCCCAUGGCUACAGCUCACACUAUCACUUUGACGGACACCGAUGUUGCUACCGCCACAGCUGACGUAUCAACGCCUAACUUGCUGGGAGACCAUGAAGCGAUGGCAGAGUCUGUAGAAGAAGACAUGACCAACUUUUGGCCGACGUCUGCUGGAAAGUUCCACUUCUGCAUUGACGAGCUGCCCCAGGAGUUGCAGUACAUACACCAGCUGUUACAGGAACUGAAAAGCACGUCCCAUCCAAACGUGCUGUACCACCUGCUGCAGUGCUUGCAGGUGUUGGUUCUGAACGCCGACGCCCUCUCCGAGCACAAGGGGUUCUUGAUCUGGUGCCAGGAGAAUCUGCUUAUUGACAACUUGUGGAGCGUAUGCGACGCGUCCCAUUCGGCCAUCUGCUCGGUGGCCGUGCCGGUUUUGCUGCACUGCUGCACGCUGGCCGGCGGCGGCGACGUGUUCUGCGCGCUCGUGCGCGACCAGUUCCACCACCGGGACGCGCGCGUCCGCUUCCGCGCGCUCGAGAAGGUCACCGUCAUCAUCAGAUUUAUGGACGGCUCGCCCGUCAGAACGAGCCUGCCUCUCCAGACGGCGCUGGCCACUGCCUUCUGUUACCUCAUCUCGAGCAUGGACGAUAUCAACGUGUACGUGGCGCAACGGGCCACCUUGUACAUCGGCACUAUACAUGACAAUGCCAUUGACUUGCUCGUAUACUGUCUGGAGACACAAUUCGAUCUGGUGAUCGUGGACCGAGCCAUGGUACUGCAGUGUGUGUACCAGCUCCAUAACACCCUGAGCGACCGCAACAUCCUGUCCUGGCAGUUUUUCCUCAAUCGCUUCGAAGCACUCUUUCUUGAAGCUCAAAUCAACUCUAAUAAGAACGUGGAUUUCAACAAUUUGAGAGAACUCGUUAGUACGGACACAAGCUCCGAAUGGUUCCAGUACAAAGUGCGACGCGCUCACGAGGCGCUCAGCGUCUCAGCUGUGAACACUUUAAGUGCCUCUUUCGGCACUAAGUGGCCGUACAAGAGGACUAUCUCUGCCCCCGCCACGAUGCCGCCGCAGCCGGACAGACAACACGAGCGAGAGAAGGUGUACUCCCGCCAGUACUCGGCGCCCCUCUUGAAGAGGAAGACCUCGAGGUUCGGCCUGGGACAGCUGCUGGCGGCGCCCGCGUCUAUACCGACUCCACAGCGCACUAACAACCACGAGGGUUUGCAUACGUUAUCUGGCCGGUCUACUGAAGAAAUCAUGACGGUGAUGCCUAAAGCGGUGGACCUGGAGGAAGCUGACAGGGAAACCACUAAUCUGCUGGUGUUUCUUCUUAUGCAGUUCUUGUCAAGGUCCGACCAAGCUCACCCCAAUGAAGACAAUAAGCAAUCUUUGAAAACGCAAGAGGUCGUGCUGCGGCAUUUGUUUCUGCUUCUGGGUUAUAACUGUAUCGACAAAUGCUUCCACAUCUCGCCACACACGUUAAGGCAAUCUGCAAUCUUCAACGCGUUCAUAGCGAACCUACCUCAGGUGUUGGACCAAAACCACUUGAUGGGCGCCAGCAUUGCUGAACCCACAUUAAUGUUGUUACAAUUUUGUAGCAGCCCCGGCUCAAGCGCCGGAGUGACUGCCCCGACGUCCAUGGCCGGAAUCCUGGUCACUCACUCCCUACACGCUCUAGAGCCCCAUGUCAGGCGUCACUGGCUUAUGGCUCUGUCCGUCGUCAUGUACAAGUACCACUACGGCAGCGGGACCUUGUGUGCGCAAGUCCAGGCGCUAGUUCGCAUCGUGCUCAACACCGUAGAGGCGCAGUACCACGUCUGCAAGCGCAUCCCGCCUAUGAUCGUGAUGCCACACACAACUAGAGAGCUGUCGCAGCCGUCGCUGAAGUCUUGCGCGGCGGGCGAGCGCGCGGCGGGCAGCCCGGCGCCGCUGGAGCGCAAGCCCAAGCCCGCGGACGCCAUGCCCACGCACUGGGAGCAGCCCGCCAACAAGUCAGUACCUUCCAGAACUGUACCGCCUCGAGACGCCAGGUAUCAGCAAUGGAGCCUCGAGCAUGAGUCGUCAGAGAGCGAGCUGAUCGCUAUUCCUGAAACCAGCGACGUCGACACUACUGUACACGGGAGUACUGCACCGGGUUCGUUUGAUGAGCCGUCGCAUUACGAAGAUCCCCCACCAAAGAUCGAGACCAUUGCCACCACAUCGGCGCCCCACCCACCGCUUAGCAAGAUUGCUCAAUUGGGAUCUCGUUCUACACAUCAGUUGUCUACCAGUUCUUCUGUCUCCAUCGGUAGUGACUCAUCGAAUUUAAAGUCUACCCCAAUGAGCGGGCAGUCAGUAGAGAUUUGGCCUGAUCAACUACACGGGCCGCAAACCUCACCGCGGGCCAAAAUACUGGGCAAACAGAAAAGGAUAAUUGUGGGUAGCAGCACAUCUCCAGACACGGCGCCUUCAUCAAAUGGCGAUGGAAACUUUGCCGCCUGGCCGCCGCAUCGCAAGGACAACGUCAAGAGCCCUGUACGCGCCUUCACCGGCGCAUACGCGUCGCCGGAGUCGCCGCUAUCAAAGAUGGAGCUGGCGUGGAACGCGCCCUCCCCGCUGCACCACCAGCCGCACCAGCCCUUCCACAUCCCGCCGCCAGAGAGAUUGCUGCCCAUAGGUCCGAAGCCCAAUAAGGACCAGUACCCAGUUUUCAACGCCCUGGUCGAUCGUGUACGCGAAGCUCUUACUCUACCACCAGACGACUCAACCGACAAGACUGACUCCAGUAGCCAGCACGAGCCGGAGCCGACGCCGGAGCCGACACCGACGCCGACAUCGAGGCCGCAGGACUUAACAAAGAAACUCUCGUCUGAGGGCGCCACUCGGUCUCGAGGAGCAUCGCCCCGGCGCCUGGCCCGUCAGGCCGCGCAGCUCGGCUCGCCGCCCACGCCGCCGCCGCCGCCGCCUCAGCCGCCGGCAGCGCGACCACAGAGUUCAGAGAGCGCGACGGACGGCAGCGGCGGCUGGUGGGAGGCCGACAGCCGCGCCGGCCGCCGCGCCGCGCACGCCGGCACCGCGCCGCGCCCCGACACCACGCUGCAGUACCGCUGCGCUGAAUGUGGCACAGCAGUCGAGCAGUACAGUGAUGAAGAGCUGGGGCUCUGCGUGAUCAUUCUGGCUACGUUUGUGCACCGCGAGCCGUGUGCUGCGGCCGCCAUGCUUCCAUCGUUGCUGCAUAACGUCAGCAGGGUGGUCCAACUUGGCAACUACGCUUGGCAGACAGAGACGAACACGCGUCUGCCGGGCAGCGCGGUGUUCGUAGCUCAUCAGUUCCUGCGCUGUGUGCUGCAUCAACUGGCGCCCAACAAUGUGUUCCUGCAGAUAUUCUUGCUAAGGAGUCCCGAGAAACAACGGCUGAUGUUCUUCAAGAGCAUCGCGCAGGCAUUCGUCGACUUCAACGAGCUGUACCCGUGCGGGCCGCUGCAACUCGUGGUCGAGCAUUUGAACUCCAAGAAAACUUUACCUAUCGAUCAAAUAUCCGUGAUCGCGUCAAACAUCUGCCUGUACCUGUCGUGCCUGGCGCCAGAAGUGCUGGGCCCGACGACCGCCUGCUGCGCGUUACUGAGCCAGCUAGAGGCGCUGUUCCGCUCCAUAGUGCUGCAGCUGCCGGCUUUGGAUGAGCCUGGCACGCUGCUGCGAGCCGCCGCCGCCGUGCUGAGGAUACCCGGCGCUAAUCAGAACAAGCUAGAAGCGCUGUUCCGCUCCAUAGUGCUGCAGCUGCCGGCUUUGGAUGAGCCUGGCACGCUGCUGCGAGCCGCCGCCGCCGUGCUGAGGAUACCCGGCGCUAAUCAGAACAAGAGCAUCCUCGAGCCAAUCUCCAAGAUCAUCAGCUACUCCAUCCAGAACUACGUCGUCAAGCUGUCCAUCAUCUCGGAGCUGAGCGCCGUCUGUGUGCGCGUGUUCAGUCGCGACCGAGACAAGUUGCUGGUGUGUCGCGUGCUUGUGUUCGAGCUGGUGCAGGCGCUGCGUACCAAGACCACCAUCCCCGACGAGAACCUCUUCAUACUGAUACAGUUUGUGCUGCAAGGUCACAACUGCACACUAGUCCUCCCGCCGGCGCUGAACACGGGCGACCUGCUCACACCUAGCGGUCCCGAGGCGCGGGACCUCGGCUCCGGCGCAGUAGACUGCAUGCGGCCGCAUCUGCCCGACAUGAUCGAUCUACUCCAGGACCCGCACCUGCUCAACAAAAUCAAGGGAUCCGUAUCCAAGUCAAUAGUGAACCGCAACCUAAUAUGUCUCAACGAGGACACGCUGGGAGCGAUCGUGAAGGGCGGGAUCGCUCAGUACGUUGCGUUAGAGCUGGCAGCGGAACGAGGCGGCAAGGCCUGCUCGCAGGGCCGCCAUGUGUUGCCUUGGCUCACCACCACAGCAUUACCUGGAUCGCGAGAAGUGACCGAGUGCAUCAGCCGCGUCCGGCUGGUGUCGUGGCUGGUGAUGGGCGCGCUGUGCAACGCGUGCGGCGGCGCCGGCGCCGAGCCGCAGCCGCUGCAGCAGCCCGUGCCGCAGGACGCCAACUGCCACAUCACCGACCACAUACAGACAAUAAUGUCUUCAUACGUGGAGCAAACAAAACCGGGACCUCAACGAAUGAAUGCGCUUUUCCACGCUUUCAUCCUCUGCCACCUGUGGACCCUGUACCUCGAAGAGCUGGCGGCGGCCAGCACCCCCAGCAGCGAAGCGAACCACACCACUGUGUGUAUCCUGCUGGACUUCUGGUGCAAGCUGGUGCCGAGCAUACUGCAGGUCACCGUGCAGUCUAAAGUGCUGGCGGAAACCGUGAACCUGCAUUUCCUGAGCCUGCUGGAAUCUCUGCUGGAGUGCAACUCGACCGUACUCAAUAAGCUUCUACCUCUCUGGACGCCCAUUCUGCAUUCACCGCUUUUCAGUAUGCCUCCACACGUAGCUGAGCGUGUGGCGGCGUGCCGCGCGCUCCGGCCAGAGGUGGUGCGCGCGCAGAAGCCCGCCACGGCGCGCCCGCAGCGCCGCCUGCUGCGCCUGCUCGCCAAGAUGGCGCAGCUCGAGCUGCAGCCGCACGCCUUCUACUUCAUAUAGACGGUUUAUAUUCUAAUGUUUGAAGAAAAGUGUUUGGUUAUGUGCGGCGAGCUUCGUCCACGCAGGAACGCGAGUUUAAAUACUACAUGUACAGUAAAAUUAUUUUAUGAAUACAUUCCUCGUAUCCGAAUAACUCUAAUAAAAUGCUGUAAUAUACUAUAUCCUAAGUUAGGAUACUUGCAUAUAAAGUAAUUAUGUGAACUUGAGGAACACAGAUUAACACUUGGGUGAUUAUUAAAUCUAGAUAGCUGUUAAUACAUGUCUAGUACUUGUCAUGAUACACAUAGUCAUAGUACUUGUGAUGAUUGUCUUGUCUUGUUGUUUGUCUAGUCCAUAAUCUAUUGUGAUUUGUGACGUUCCACGGGUAACGGUACCUUAUAGCGGUUGACACUUACGCUAUUAUUAACGCCGCUCCAAUACUAUUGUGGUGCUACGCGACGUAAGUGCCAGCCGCCAUAAGGUACCUUUUCCCGUGGGACGUCACAUUUUAUUUACAUAGUUUAUAAUUUAGCCAAAGCCGUGUCAAAAUAGAUAUAAGUAGUGAAAAAAUGU